ACGCCUGCGAGUCUCCAGAGAACAAGGAGCUCUUUCAGCUGUUUGAGAGCGGGCUGCGAGGGGGAGAGGCUGGACCGGGAGCACCGCGAAUCCCAGGGGGUGGGGCAGGAGAGCAGAGCCAAGGAAGGCGAGGUGGUAGUGGUGGUGGUGGUGGUGGCAGCAGCGGCGGUAGCAGCGGCGGUGGCGGCAGCGGCAGCGGCAGCGGCAGCAGCAGCAGCAGGUUCCUUUCUCCUUUCCCUUCCCCGCCCAGCCGUAAUUGCCGAUGGCGGCUGCGGGGCAGCCGGAGCUCCUCUUCUACCUGUCGGCGUGUCUGCUGCUACGUCUCUGCGCCGCCUUUAACUUGGACACUCGGGAAGAAAACGUGAUCCGCAAGAGAGGGGAGCCGGACAGUCUCUUCGGCUUUUCCCUGGCUAUGCACUGGCAGCUGCAUCCGCAGGACAAGAGGCUGUUGUUGGUAGGAGCCCCUCGUGCCAAAGCUUUUCCAUUACAGAGAGCCAACCGAACAGGAGGCCUGUACAGCUGUGACAUAACAAGUCAGGAGCCUUGCCGACGCAUUGAAUUUGAUAACAACGCUGACCCUUCAUCAGAGAGUAAGGAAGACCAGUGGAUGGGUGUCACUGUCCAGAGUCAGGGUCCAGGGGGGAAGGUGGUGACGUGUGCCCAUCGGUAUGAGAGAAGGCAAAAUGUCAACACCAAGCAGGAGUCUCGGGACAUCAUUGGGAGGUGUUAUGUGUUGAGUCAGUCUCUUACCAUUGAAGAUGAUAUGGAUGGAGGAGAUUGGAGUUUUUGUGAUGGCCGUUUGAGAGGCCAUGAGAAAUUCGGUUCUUGUCAGCAAGGUGUAUCUGCAACCUUUACUAAAGAUUUCCAUUACAUUGUUUUUGGAGCCCCAGGCACUUAUAAUUGGAAAGGAAUUGUUCGUGCAGAGCAAAAGAAUAACACUUUUUUUGACAUGCAUAUCUUUGAAGAUGGGCCUUAUGAAGUUGGUGGUGAGACUGACCAUGAUGAGAGUCUAGUUCCUGUUCCAGCUAACAGUUAUUUAGGCCUUCUCUUUUUGACCAGUGUUUCCUAUACGGAUCCUGAUCAGUUUGUUUACAAAACAGAGCCCCCCAGUGUAAGGGGCGGCAAAUCUCCUGGUGUGAUGAUGAAUAGCUACCUAGGUUUUUCACUGGACUCAGGAAAAAACAUUAUCUCUAAAGAUGAGAUCACUUUUGUGUCUGGUGCUCCAAGAGCCAACCAUAGUGGAGCUGUGGUGCUUCUAAAGAGAGACACAAAAUCCACACAUCUUUUUCCUGAGCAUGUGUUUGAAGGGGAAGGGUUGGCCUCUUCGUUUGGCUAUGAUGUGGCAGUAGUGGACCUCAACAAAGAUGGCUGGCAAGAUAUAGUUAUUGGAGCACCGCAAUAUUUUGAUAGAGAUGGAGAAGUAGGAGGUGCCGUGUAUGUCUACAUUAAUCAGCAAGGCAAAUGGAAUAACGUCAAACCAAUUCGCCUUAAUGGAACCAAAGAUUCUAUGUUUGGUAUUGCAGUCGAAAACAUUGGUGAUGUUAAUCAAGAUGGGUAUCCAGAUAUUGCAGUUGGAGCACCCUAUGAUGAUUUGGGAAAGGUUUUUAUCUAUCAUGGCUCUCCAAGUGGAAUAAAUACCAAACCAACACAGGUUCUUGAGGGUAAAUCUCCAUUCUUUGGCUACUCAAUUGCUGGAAAUAUGGACCUUGACAGAAAUUCCUACCCUGAUGUUGCUGUUGGUUCACUCUCAGAUUCAGUGUCAAUUUUCAGAUCUCGGCCUGUGAUCAACAUCUUGAAAACAAUCACAGUAACACCUAACAGAAUUGAUCUCCGACAGAAAAUGCCCUGUGGGGCCCCGAGUGGGAUCUGCCUGAAGGUUAAGGCCUGUUUUGAAUAUACCGCCAAACCCAGUAAUUACAAUCCUGCGAUAUCAAUUGUGGGAACACUUGAAGCUGAAAGUCAGAGGAGGAAAUCCAGCUUAUCAUCAAGAGUUCAUUUUCCAAAUCAAGCUUUGGAGCCCAAGUCUUCCCAUGUCUUAACUCUGAAAGGGCAGAAACAAAAAAUGUGCAUGGAGAGAACACUUUGGCUACAGGAAAACAUCAGAGAUAAACUCCGUCCCAUUCCUAUAACAGCUUCAGUGGAAAUCCAAGAACCAAAUUCACGGAGGCGGGUGAAUUCCCUUCCAGAACUUACUCCAAUUCUGAAUUCAAAUGAACCCAAAACUGUGACCUCAGAGGUCCAGUUCUUAAAAGAGGGAUGCGGAGAUGACAACAUUUGUAAUAGCAAUCUAAAGCUGGAGUACAGAUUUUGUACGCGAGAUGACAACCAAGACAAAUUUUCUUAUUUACCAAUCCAUGAUGGUAUUCCAGAACUUGUUCUCAAAGACCAGAAAGAUAUCGCAUUAGAAAUAACAGUGACUAAUAGCCCGUCGAAUCCCAGAAAUCCUACAAAGGAUGGCGAUGAUGCCCAUGAAGCCAAGCUUGUUGCCACUUUUCCUGAUACCUUAACUUAUUCUGCAUACAGAGAGUUGAGGGCUUAUCCUGAAAAACAGUUGAGUUGUGCAGCCAAUGUAAAUGGUUCCCAAGUAGACUGUGAGCUUGGAAAUCCCUUUAAGAGAAAUUCCAAUGUUACUUUUUAUUUGAUUUUAAGUACAACAGAAGUCACCUUUGACACCACAGAACUGGACGUGAAUCUGAAGCUGGAAACAACAAGCAAUCAAGAUAAUUUGGCUUCAAUUACAGCUAAAGCUAAAGUGGUUAUUGAACUGCUUUUGUCGGUCUCUGGAGUUGCUAAACCUUCCCAGGUGUACUUUGGAGGUAUUGUUGUUGGUGAGAGUGCUAUGAAAUCUGAAGAUGAAAUUGGAAACCUAAUAGAAUAUGAAUUCAGGGUAAUUAACUUAGGUAAACCUCUUAGAAAUCUUGGCACAGCAUCUCUAAACAUUCAGUGGCCCAAAGAAAUUCUCAAUGGCAAAUGGCUGCUUUAUUUAAUGAAAAUAGACUCCCAAGGACUGGAACAAAUAAAUUGUCAACCACAAGGUGAAAUUAACCCUCUAAACCUAAAGCCAUCUCCUCACAACUCAAGAAAGAAACGAGAGAUUGCAGAAAAACAGACAGAUGAUGGCAGGAAAUUGUCAUUAUUUGCAGAAAGAAAAUAUCAGACACUUAACUGUAGCACAAAUGCUAACUGUGUGAACAUAAUAUGUCCCCUACAAGGUUUGGACAGCAAAGCUUCUGUUAUUUUGCGGUCAAGACUGUGGAACAGUACAUUCCUUGAGGAAUAUUCCAAGAUGAACUAUUUAGAUAUUCUUGUUCAGGCUACCAUCAAUGUUACUGCUAAUGCUGAAAAUAUAAAAGUCCCAAAUGCAGGCACUCAAGUUCGAGUUACAGUAUUUCCUUCGAAGACAGUUGCACAGUAUUCUGGAGUGCCUUGGUGGAUCAUCCUUGUGGCUAUCCUUGCUGGAAUUUUGAUGCUUGCUCUAUUAAUAUUUUUACUAUGGAAGUGUGGAUUCUUUAAGCGCUCCAGGUACGAUGACAGCGUUCCCCGAUACCAUGCUGUAAGAAUCCGGAAAGAGGAACGACAGAUCAAAGAUGAGAAAUAUAAUGAUGGCCUGGAAAAAAAGCAGUGGAUCACAAAAUGGAAUGAAGAUGAAAGCUACUCCUAGGGGGAAAAAAACAGCACACUCUCCAGACUGUUCUCUUUUUUUCCAUCUCAGAAAUUUAAAUGGAUUUUAAAAGUUCCUUUGGUAACUGAGGAUUGGUUUCAGACUUACUACAGACAGUAUGAACCUACAGUUUUCAACUGUGGAUAUUGUUACGGAUCCCAAAGCUUUUAUUUUGCACAGCUAACUUUGGGAUGGAUGGAACUGAUUUUUUUUAACUGCCUUAAUUUAAAUUUCCAGAUUGCCUUUCAUUUUGGUGUGGCUGACCGAUGAUGAGAAAGGGUAUGCUGAGUUAUACCUCCUGUGAAAUCUUCCCAUUAGUGUCUUAGAAAGAAAGUCACCACCAUCAGUCAUGUUGAUGUCCACUGGCAUGUAGUAAGUUGUAAUCCCAGCAUUUGCCUUUCCUAACAUUUUUUUCCACUACAGUCUGAGAAACUUAAAGUCAACAAGGGUUUAAGCUAAAGUACUGUCUUCAAGUAAACGUGCAAUAGAAGGUGAUGCUGGCACCCCACCAUCUUUUUUUUUAACCUCAGAUUUGUGUGAAUACUGCUCACACCAAAAUUCACAGGUUAUCAUUUUCUCUUCUGACUAACACCACACACACACACACACACAAACACACACACACACACACUCACACACUCACACAGGCUUGAAUACUAGUAAUAUUUUUUGUACAUAUUUAAGCCCUGGUAUUUAUUUUUCUCAUAAAUCAUUUUGCCUUUGACUAACACAUAGGCCAAAGACUCUCCAAUUUUACCUUUCUUUGAUUGGUUUAGGUGAUCAGUUAUUAGUACAUGGGGGGGGGUGUUAGUGGUUUUGACCUAAAACUUUCACUGCAAAAAAGAAAAUAAUAAUUCUUUAUAAAUAUACCAGAGAUAUUUUUUUAAUAACUUAAAACUUAACUAUAUGUAGUAGCAUCUUCCCUUCUUCUCUCUGUCCACCCUUAUUCUUCCUAAAUUCCAUCUAGAUCUGGGUUUGGUUAAAAGAUAGAAUUUAACACUUAAGAUUAUUUUGUCCUUACUGAACAGUCAGGAUCCUGGUUUGUUUUUGUUUGUUUGUUUUAAGUUUUGUUUGGAGGUGUUUUGUUUGCCCUCCAGCAACUAUUUUCAGAACAUCAUACAUGUGCUUUAAGAACCUCACAGAGAAAAUGGACUUGUUUUUCCCCAUUCCAGUAUAAUUCCCUCACUCCUCCAGAUGCUCUCUAUUGAUAGCACUUGGGGCUAGGUGUAUAUGGUGGAUCUGAACUGAUCCAAUUUGAGACUACUGAAUGAUGCUCUAAUGUCAAAACAGUGACUAUUUUUCAGACAUAACAGCAUGACUUUUAAUUUUUAUGGUUCUGUUAGAACCAUCAAAAGAGUGCAUUGAUGUUUUUCCCCAACUUAUAUUCCCUGAAUGACUUUGGGAUUAUUAAAAUAAAAACUUUUAAGAUGCUUUCAAAUGCUUAUUGCAUUCUACUGACAUAAGAAUAAGAAGGCAAUCACUGUGCUAUAUACAUUGAUUAUAUAUUGAAAAGAAAUGAAUAUUGUAGAAGAGUUUACUGAACUAUCAUCUUCCAAAAUAUUAAGUUAUAGGAGAAGGUAUAGGAGGAAGGUGCUAAUUAGUUUGAAACUAGUAUAAGAAAUUUCCUAAUGUACAAAAUCCCAAUAUGUGUGUUUUCAGGAACUAUAUGCCCUUAAAAUUCUUAUGCAUUUCCAAAGUCUUCAUUCACAGAGACAUUUACACAAAUUGCAUUUUGUUUACAACUUUAGUCUCAAAAAACAGGCACAUCAGUGUUUAAAAUUUAAUUUCUUGCCUGGAUAACUCAAGAUCUCAAAGAACUGGCUUUAUAAGCUGCUAAGAGGCUGUUUAUGUUGGCAAUGUUUGUAGACCUUUGUUAUUAAAAAAAAAAUGAAUGUCCUGAGGUUGGUAUCAUUUCAACAGUACAAAAAGCAAGAAUGUUGUUGCAGUGUUAAAUUUAGGAUUGUUAAAAAUGUCAUCUCAAGUCAAGUCACUGGUCUGUUUGCAUUUGAUAAAUUUUUAUACUAACUAACAUUGUGAAAUCAUUCCAUGAUGAGAACGUACCUGUGGAUAUUUGUAUAAAAGUGUGAAAUAAAUUUUUUUUAUGAAAGUA